CGCUCGAUCCCUGUCUUCUCAUGCCAGAGCUGCUGCGUUGAUGGCUUCCAGGCUCGCAUCAGCUCCGGCGACUCCAUUGUCCGCUCACUUUCAUGUGGAAUCACCGAAGAAAUUGUCGUAUACGACGCUAUUCGCUUUUCCGUCAUUGAGUGUGCCUUGGCGCGUCAAUAUUUCAAGCUCCAGAGGACCAUUGUUAUCAUCAGUUAAUGCGGUGCGAGAAGAACUGACUGAAUCUCCAAGUUCAGAAUCUACCGAUGAUUAUGAUUCCCGAACUUCCUCUUCCUCCACUUCCAAGCUCGUACUUGUCGUUGGCGCCACUGGUGGCGUAGGGCAGUUGGUUGUGGCAUCAUUGAUAAGCCGAAAUAUCAAAGCACGUUUAUUACUUCGAGAUCCUGAUAAAGCUACUACACUUUUUGGCAUGCAAGAUAAGGACAAUCUUCAGGUAUUUAAAGUGGACACUCGAUGCCCAGAGAAUCUAGAUCCAUCGUUAUUUGAGGGAGUCACGCAUGUGAUUUGUUGCACUGGCACAACAGCUUUUCCUUCAAGGCGAUGGGAUGGGGACAACACUCCAGAAAGAGUUGAUUGGGAGGGUGUGAGAAAUCUUGUUUCUGCUCUGCCAUCAUCACUGAAGAGAAUUGUUCUUGUUUCGUCAGUUGGUGUAACCAAAUUCAAUGAACUACCAUGGAGCAUUAUGAACCUUUUUGGUGUCCUCAAGUACAAGAAGAUGGGAGAAGAUUUUGUCCGCAAGUCUGGUCUUCCAUUUACCAUAAUCAGACCUGGUAGAUUGACUGAUGGACCUUACACAUCCUAUGAUCUCAAUACAUUGCUUAAAGCCACUGCUGGACAGCGGCGUGCAGUUCUUAUUGGUAAAGGGGACAAACUUGUCGGAGAGGUCAGCAGACUCGUGGUUGCUGAAGCCUGCAUUCAGGUGCUGGACAUGGAAUUCACUCAAGGAGAAGUUUAUGAAAUAAACUCAAUAGAGGGAGAUGGUCCAGGAAGUGAUUCCCAAAAGUGGCAAGAGCUAUUCAAGAAUGCCCAACCCCAGUAAUCAAGCUUCGUAAACCAACAUGGUAAUUGAAUUGUUCAUAAAAGAUACAGUAUAGAAUGAGAAAUGUAUAUGUUACAAUUCACAAGUUCUGUCUAUAUGAUGGUUAUUCCUCUGAAUACCUUGAACUCUUUAUGUUACUCGGCAUUUAUGGUAUUCUUUGGCCAUAUGUAUGCUUUUGGUUUUAA